AUGCAUCAAGACAGGCGAGCUACCACAACUGUUCAUCAGACAAUUGGUCCAAGGAUCGUCGACUUCACCUGCCUUUAUGACGAUUUGGUCUGGUUUUCUCUGAAUAUCUUCGACUUUAUUGGGUCGUCAGAGUCGAACGUUAGUUCGGCCAGUCCACUACCCACCUUUGAGACAUUCAUCAAGCCAGCUAGCAUCUUCAGUUUGCCUGGUUCAGUGCUUCGUGUGUGUCGGCAUCUCCUUCGUCUUGGUAUAGAUGGAACCGAUAAGGAUGCCCAAUCAACUCAGAAUAUUCCCUUCUCGACUGAAAAUUCUAGUUCAAAUGCCCGACUCUCUUCUACUUCUACCGUGAGCUCCACUUUCAGUGGAGCUAAAAUUGAUUCAAAAUAUUAUCUACCCGUAAAUCCAGGAGCACUUCAACUGGCUGAUUACUCUAGGCCAAACCAGAUAAUGGCU